AACUUUUCUCUUCCACACACACACACACCAAGUUUCAGUUCAUGUCCUUACUGGGGCCCUCCGUAUGGACCCUUCUAUAAGUGAUUGUUAACCUACAGGACAACACUUCUCUGCAUCCAAACUUAAGUAUUUACAAUAACAAUAAUGCACUUUCUGAGCUGCUGCAUGAUGAAGAAAAUAUUUUGAAGUGAGAUCCCUUUUUAGGCCUCUGUUGGGAUGUUAAGAUAGGGAGACUUCUAAGAGUGACCCUCGUGGGGCCCUGGAUUAUAAUACCUUUAUGAUCUAUAAGUAUUUCCCAACUCAUGCUUCCUGUCAGAGCUGACUGUCUUCUUCUUUUAUGUCUAAACACUACGUGACAUCCAAGCAGGCUCCAGCAGCAGAAGAAGAGAUGGCUGUUGAUCUGUCCUCCAAGGUUUAUGGUGAAGAUGAUGAUGAUGCUGGUGAAGAUGAUGCCCCAAAGGCUCCAGCAGCAGAAGAAGAGAUGGCUGUUGAUCUGUCCUCCAAGGUUUAUGGUGAAGAUGAUGAUGAUGCUGGUGAAGAUGAUGCCCCAAAGGCUCCAGCAGCAGAAGAAGAGAUGGCUGUUGAUCUGUCCUCCAAGGUUUAUGGUGAAGAUGAUGAUGAUGCUGGUGAAGAUGAUGCCCCAAAGGCUCCAGCAGCAGAAGAAGAGAUGGCUGUUGAUCUGUCCUCCAAGGUUUAUGGUGAAGAUGAUGAUGAUGCUGGUGAAGAUGAUGCCCCAAAGGAAUUUGCUAUCAGAGGAUCAUGCCUGGUGGAUUAUUCUGACACUGAUGGAACCGAUGAGGAUUGUUUAAAUGAUCAGCCAUUGGCUCCACGCUGUGAUGAAGGUGUUCCAAAGUUGAGAAGGACGAAAAGCAUUUGGAUGAAAAAAGUUCCAGAUUUUUCUGAUGCCCUCUACGACAGUGAUGACAGUACAGAGGGCCCUUCAGCUCAGUCCAAGUCUGAGAUGGCUUUACAAAGAAUGCAUACAUUAGAAGAUUUCUGUCAACCUGUCAGUGAUUCAGAUGAGAGUAUUGUGGAAGAAACCGAUUUUGAGGAUUCCACAAAGGAUGAUUCCACUGAGCAAUCAGACAUUGAAGUUCUUCCAAAGCUGUGGACAAAAAUCAUUCAGAUGAAAAACGUACCAGAUUAUUCUGAUGCCCUCUAUCAUUCAAGUGAUGACAGUGCAGAGGAUCCAUCUACUUGGUCUAAGUCUGAGAUGUCUUCACAAAGGCGAAGGAGAAGCUGCUUCCGUCCUAGGCUGUUGAAAUUGAAGAUUGUUCACAAGAGGAUAUCGAAGAUGCAAGUAUGGCAGAAGAUCAGGGUUCAGAAGAUGAGACCAUCACCACACCAUCACAAGAAAGCCCCCUUGCCAAAAACCAGAGGAGGAAGUUUGCUAAAAAGAGAGAUGCCAGUAUACCAGAAGCUCAGGAAUCAGAAGACGAGGACAGCACCGCAUCCCUACAAGAGAGGACCUCUACAGAAAACCAGAGGAGGUUUUCAAAAAAGAGAGGUAAACAAACUGUUGUUAAAAGAACCUGGACAACAGAAGAAUGUGCUGCAGUAGAACGUCAUUUAAAGAAAUCAAUUCUGAUGAACCAAGUCCCAGGGAAGGAGGACUGUCAGCGCUGCAUCACUGCAGAACCUGAAGCCCUGAAGAAUCGAGACUGGAGGGCAGUGAAAUACUUUGUUAAAAAUCGAAUUUCUUCUCUGCG